AUGUCCACCGAAGAAAUGUUGAAUACUCUAACAAAGAACAUGAUUCAAUUCCAAGACGAGACUCGUUCCAGCAUCAAGAACAUUGAAAGACAAAUGGGUCAAAUCUCAGAAGCAGUUAGCAAAUCAGAGGCUAGAGAUUCAGAAAAGUUGCCAUCACAAACAGAACCAAAUCCAAGGAUGAAUGCUAGUGCGAUGACUCUUAGAAGUGAAAUAGAGUUGCAAGGUAAUGAGAGAACCAUAGCAAGAGAUAAAGAACUCCAAGAAGAAACUGUUGUGCAUCAACCUUCAUCUUCAAAAGAUCAAGCACCCCUGUCACAAGAAGAGAAGAAUGUUACAACUGCACCUUUACCACAAUAUGAAGCGGUUCCACCUUUUCCAGUGGCAUUAAAGGAAAGGAAAAAGCAUGAAGCUGACAAGGACAUCUAUGAGGUUUUCAAGAAAUAUGUCAAAUUCCUUAAAGAACUUUGUACGGCAAAGAGAAAGCAAAGAUUAAAGGGAAUUCAAAAGGUGAAGAUGAGUGAGCACAUUUCAGCCAUAUUUCAAAGAAAGUUACCGCCUAAAUGUGGAGAUCUAGCUGACAGGUCUAAUGCAUAUCCUAAGGGAAUAGUAGAGGAUGUCUUAGUUAAAGUAGGGGAUCUUAUAUUUCCUGCCGAUUUUUAUGUUUUAGAUAUGGAACAUGAUAAACAUGCAACACCUAUCUUGCUAGGUAGACCUUUCAUGAAAACUGCCAAGACUAAGAUUGAUGUAGAUACCAUAUCACUUACCAUGGAAUUUGAUGGCAGUAAGGUAGAGUUUGACAUUUAUGACUCUAUGAAAUUUCCGCCUGAGGACCAUUCUUGUUUUGCUAUUGAUUUAGUUGAUAAAUCUAGUUAA